AUUAGGCUGUUUAAAAUACACUUUUUUUUCUUUGCAGUUACCCUUUAGUGUUCAUAAAACCCAGUGUAGGAAUCUGUUUUCAUGUUGUUGUGUGCAGUUUUGCAGAAAAAAAUAUGAAAACUUGUGUCCGGUUAUCUCCUCAACUCGACGAAACUCGGCUGCCAACAGGUGAAGUCACAUGGCCAUAACGUACAGUAUGCCUUUUUACUGGAAACGGAAGCCCUUCCAGGCCAAGCGAGCGAGCCACGUUGAAGAUGAGCGCUGCAUCACAUGGACGUAUGCGCUUGUCAAUAAUCAAUCCGUCGACGAAUAUUUGAAUUCGCGUUUGUGGCCAAUGAGUGCCAGGACGGCACUUAUUGUCGCUUGGGAAUGACAAGUUUCAUGGUGGGCUCGAGAAAGACGGUGGAAGCUUCAAGUCACCGCCUUUGAUGCCCAAGCACUUCACGACCGCGUGAUUUCUCACUUCGCUUUUGAGUUGAAGAGAAAAGCUAAGGAGGAUGAAGUUGAAAAAUCAUUUCAUGGUCCCUUUAAUGAUGGCUGUAAUACUUGCCAAAUUGCUUAACUGCAAGAAUAUUAACACCAAGCUGAUUGAAUAUACAGUCGUUAAUUCUUACGAAACUUUUGUCCAGGGUAGGUUUUGGCGAAUCCUGUUUUUAGACAAACGAAACCUAAUAUGUGAAGCGACAACACGGCCGCUGCACCUGCCAGUCGGGCAACAACGGGCGGUGAAGAAGGAGAAAGAAGAUGGGUUCCGCUUUGUCCAGCGGCAGCAACUCUCCGGACGAUUGCUCCAUGCACGAAUUCUCGUCUCCCAGCGACACCAGUUGGGCACAGAUGCAUGCCCGAGUUACGAAGCUGCCCGUGAACGUGGUAGAAAACCUGUGGGCCGACUAUCGCAACCUCGAGCUCAACCAGGCUGGCAGAGAAAGCGUCGUCUCGACUGAUCGUCUGCACCCCGAGUCCAAACAUGCCUUAUCUUUUCUGUCGCAAAGGCGUACCACGGACACCAUCACAUUUCUGCAGCUCUGUUCGCUUUACAAGUGGAUCUCGAACCCGCUGAAUGAAACAAGAGCGAAAGGUAUCGGCGUUGCUGCUCUUAACGCUGCUUCAGCUGCUUUCCACUUACACUUCGCAAUGCGUUCAGCGAUAUUCCGCAAGUUAUUUCCAGGUGGCAGCAUGGACCAUGGACAACUUCAUGCUCUGCUCCGGAAAACUUGCCCUGAUGAUACUGAGAUUACUAUCAAGCGGUUUGCUGACGUAUUCUUCGCGCAGAUGGACACUUCGAGAGAAGGGGUCAUCACGGAAGACAAGUUUCUCGACUGGCUGAUGACUUCCACGCCCAAGGUUCAAUUCAUGGUUCUCGAAAAACUGGCUCCUCCUGAGACCCCCCCCGUGCCUGUUUGAUCUUGAAACAGAGUCUUAUGGUUAAUAUAAUAAAACUCCCCCGUGAGA